UAUGCCUCAAAAGUUCCAAGAGCAAAAUAUAUACAAGUGAAAUAGCAAGUUCUCGUAACAAUUUGCAUUCCAGGCGUUCUCGGGAGUCACUAGAAGGAGGCACAGCAAGGUGGAUCGAGAUAAUGUAGGGAUGCUAUCUGUCACCCUAACUUCAAGAACUUUUUUAUUGAAAGUUCCUUGAACCUCCAUAGAAGUCUGCUGAAGUCUCUGGAUGUGGGAACGUGCCUAACUGUAUAAGGUUCAUUGAGAAUUUGGAAAGAGCUCUGAAUGGUCUUCUGAUCCAAGUAUCCCCAUCAACCAGCUACUGAGUAGCUUCCUCCAAGGCUGUGAAUACUCUAUGAAGCUUAUGCCGCUGCUGCUUCGAGCAAAAGGGACCAGCUUCUGGGAGGAAUGAUUGCCAGGACCAAACUCUAAGCUGCCAGAGUUAAAAAAAAAACUCAUUGCCAUCGGCAGACCGUCAUCUAAGACAACUGAGAGGAACACUUUGCAAGGAACUAAAAGUAUUUCAAACAAAAAAUAACUUACAUUGCCAAGAGUAAGAACAGAAAGAAAAAAAAAGAGUUCAUAAUUUCUAAAUAAAAAGAACAUUUACGGAGGAAAGAAAAAAUUAUGAAAUAGAACCAAUGACCGGCUGAUGAACUGAACAGAUUUGGUUCUUGAGAUAAAUCAUUUAAAAUUUUUAGGGUAACACUAAUUCACGAGCUAAUAGGUAAAUAAAGCUCUCUAUAUAGGAAUAUUUUCUUUGACCACAAGCAUGAGCAAGGGCCGUGAAGACAGAAGGACCAACCAAGCAUCUCAGAAACACCGAAAUGGAGAAACUAUUUUUAAAGAGGAUCUUCAGGCUUCUCGCAAGAUUGAAAGAUUUGCCAUUCCUCUGGAUAAUCUGAAAAUGAUGUUUGAAAAGCCAAGUCGUAUUGUUGUGAUGCCACGCAGAAGCAACAAAAAAAAGGAAGCUGAAAUCGAGAGAAGUUUACGCUCCCCGGCACCGAAGAAACACACUGGGAAUUAUUCCAGCCUUUCGAAAAAAGAUUCCAGUAAGCAAGGUGGCAGAUCUGUCCUCGCCGACAUGUCCGAGAACGCCAAGGAUGGCAGCGUGGCAGGUAUUACAAGAACCAAAAAAGGACCAUCUGAGGAAACUGCCAAGAGUGGUAACAUACCACAGGACCUGCCUGAAUCUUUACCAUUGAAAGACAGAAUGGCCAUGUACCAAGCGGCUGCUACUAGCAAAGGGCAAACCUCCAGCAGACAUAUGCUGGAGGAAUCGGAAGCCUGCGUAAUGCCUGGCGGACUGGCGAGCAUGAAGAAGCACUUUGAAAAGUCAGACAAUGUUUCGUCUCGCAGCACUGUGUCACAGUAUCAGCAGAGAUCUGUCAAGGAAACAAGAAGAAGCAAUGAAGUCACGUUCAUGAGUAGCAGCCAAGCAGCUGAGCAACAUGAAACUCAAUUUUCAGCUUGUAAUACAGAACAGGUAUCGGUUCAUGAGCAAAGCACCCAAGAGACGAGCGCGGCGUCUAAUUAUAAUCAAGAAGCUGAUGGAGUAGGUUACAUGGAGAUGCCUAAAAUGUCUGCCCAAGUUCUUAAAGAACAAUACGAAAAAACUCUGAAAGAAAAAAGCUCCAGCGGGGUCGGAACCACAGGGCCUCAAGGAAAACAAGUAAAGAUAUAUAAUGAUCAUGCAGAAUUCGAAUGGCCAGUGGUAAACACCAAGGUCUCUGGCUCGGCAAGCAGUGUCUAUGAUGGUAUAUGUUCAGUCCUGAAGUCAGAACAUAGUUCUAAGUCCGCUCACACUAAGUCUGUCCACUUUGGAAGUUUAGAAGAGUUUCCUCUUCCUCCUCCUCCUCCUCCGGAUAUUUUAGAGACAGACGAAAUAGCAGAUUUUUCCCAGUCCCCAGAACCUCCAAGCUCUCCUGAAAAAUAUAUGUCAGGUGCUCCCAACGAUGUAUAUUCAAAACAAAGAAAUUUAUAUGAGCUAAAACGUUUAUAUAAACAUAUCCAUCCAGAAGUGAGAAAGAAUUUAGAAAGUGAAUUUAUCAACCAAGUGUCUGAUAUCGUAUCAAGUCAAUAUGAGCAAAAAGGUGAGGUUCAACAUGCAAGAUCGGUGUUCGAAAAUCCAGCCGGUAGCCCACAGAAAUGUCUUAGUCCUGAAAGAGAAUAUCUGGAAUGGGAUGAAAUUUUGAAAGGAGAGGUGCGGUCUAUGAGGUGGGUUUUUGAAAAUCAACCUUUGGAUACCAUUAAAGACGAGUCACCUGAGCAAAGUCAUAUUAAAAGUAUUGGAGAACAAGAAAUCAUAGCUGGAGGGGAUGUAAAAUAUACAGCAUGGAUGUUUGAGACACAGCCAAUUCAUGCCCUUGGUAUGGAUCCCUCAAGCUCUUCGGAACAAUCUGAGAAAGUACCAGAGCUUGCAAGAGGAGAUGUCCGAACGGCAGCCUGGUUAUUCGAAACCCAGCCAUUGGAUUCUCUGAACAAAAUUUACAAGGAACAAGAUUCAGACACAGUUUUAACUUCGGAAGACAUUCAUGGAGGAGAUGUUAAAGCUGGUAGAUACUUCUUUGAAACGCAGUACAAUGACAGGUCACUUUCUUCUGACGAAAUUAAUAUGCUUAGACUAAAAUCAGAACUUCAAGGUUUCAAAGGGGAUGUGAAAAGAACUAUAAAACAAUUUGAAACCGAUCCUAAAUAUGUCUUACAGGACAGUUCUGGGAAAGUUCUUGAAAUAACAACUGUAUUUAGAGAAGACAUUGAGAAAGGAGAUGUUAAAACAGCAAGAUGGAUGUUUGAAACGCAACCUUUGGACAUGAUCAAUCAAGAGGAAGCUGAGGUCAAAGUUGUCAAAGGCAUAUCUAUGGAAGAAAGUGUUAAAGGUGGGGUUGGAAAGGCAAAGUGGCUAUUCGAAACACGUCCUUUGGACUCCAUUAAAGAGGAUGAUGAUUCUGUUACCCAAAAGGAAGCGAUCAUUGGUGCAGAUGUAUAUAAAAAAUGCUGGAUUUUUGAAACCCUACCAAUGGACAUUUUAAAAGACAAUGCCAAUGAGAGGCCCCUAGAGGGUGAGGAGAUAAUAGGGGGUAAUGUGAGCAAUACAAAAUAUCUAUUUGAGAAUGUACCAAUGGAUGAACUCAAAGAAAAUGCUGAAGUGGGCAAGCUCAAAAAAGUAAUCACCACUGAAGAGGAGAAAGGGGAUGUUCGCCAUCAAAGAUGUGUUUUUGAAACACGCCCAUUGGAACAGAUUAGAGAAGAAAAGAAAGAGUAUAUUCGGACUGUCCGUCUGGAUGAAAUCCAGAAAGGGGAUGUUAGCACCUGUAGGAAUACAUUUGAGAGAGAAGAUUGGCAAAGAGAUAAUUCCUCUUAUAAAAUCCAGCUAGAAGAUGUUGAUAAGGGAGCAGUCCAGCUUAACAAAAAACUUUUUGAAACAACACCUCUGUAUGCCAUACAAGAUCAGUUUGGCCACUAUCACGAAGUUAAAACAAUCCGUCAAGAAGAAGUAGUCAGAGGAGAUGUAAGAACAUAUCAAUGGAUGUUUGAAACAAUUCCAGUUGAUCAGUUUGGGGAAAGUGUUGAGAACUACCAAGUAAUAAGAGGAAUCUCUUCUCAAGAAAUACAAUCUGGAGAUGUCAAAAAGGGAAAGUGGCUUUUCGAGACACAGCCAAUGGAUUCUAUUAAAUACUUCAGCCAAACUGAAAAUGAAGAGUUGGUACAAAACCAGAGGAAUGAUAUUGUCAAAGGCGAUGUGAGAACAUGUAAAUGGCUAUUUGAAACUCAACCAAUGGAAAACUUAUAUGACAAACAGGCAACAAUGACCAGCAGUGAGGAGAUCCAAAAGGGAGAUGUGAAAACCUGCACAUGGCUUUUUGAAACUCAGGCACUUGACACAAUACAGGAUGAAUCAGGGAGGUCUUUACAUUUGGAAAAGGAGGAGGUCAUAGGUAGAGAUGUGCAAUCUGUUUGCUUCCUUUUUGAGACACAAAAUCUAGAACACAUUCAGGCAGAAGAGAAGAAAGACUUCAAGAGGGUGGUUGAGAUUGAUGUUCAGUCUGGCGAUGUUUCUGCCAUGAAAUAUAUUUUUGAAAACCAAGCACUAGAUGAAAUUAGUUCUAGUUCACAAGAAGUUCUCCAAAGGAUAGAGAACAUGAAAUCUGAGGACAUACAAAAGGGAAAUGUCUUGAAUUGUCGAUGGCUUUUUGAGAAUCAUUCCAUUGAUGAGAUCAAUGAAAACCAUGAGCAAAAUAAAGAAGCAUAUACUAUCACAGAUGUCCAAGGCGGGAAUGUAAGAAAAGGAUGUUUUAUAUUUGAAACAUUUUCCUUAGACCAAAUUAAGGAGGAGAGUUCAGAAAGUACCAAUAAAACAGUCUACAUGGAUGAGAUAUUAAAAGGUGAUGUGAAAAACUAUACAAUGAUGUUUGAAACUCAACCUCUCUAUGCUAUUCAAGAUAAAGAAGGAUUUUACCAUGAAAUAACAACAGUGAAGAAAGAAGAGGUACUUCAUGGCAAUGUCCGUGGAACAAGAUGGCUUUUUGAAACAAAGCCUCUAGACGGUUUCAGUGAUUCCAAUGAAGUGUUUGUUAUCAAAGCCGUGACCCAGGAGGACAUCCAAAAAGGAGAUGUCAGCUCUGUUAAAUGGAGAUUUGAAACUCAUCCACUUGAUAAGAUUUCUGAAGAGGAUAAGUUGGAUUUUCACACUGUUGAAAAUAUUAUAGGUGGUGAUGUAAGAGGCAACAAAGAGCUCUUUGAAAAAGAGAAAAAAAUUCCAGUUGUGCGCACAGUGAGCAUCAGUGAGAUUAAAAAAGGCAACGUGAGGACAUCUACUUGGUUGUUCGAAACCCACACUGUUGAUGAGCUUCAUGGAGAAAAUUACGAGGACAUUAAGAGAGUCACAGUGGAGGACAUCCAAAAAGGAGAUGUGCAAGAAGCCGUGUGGCUUUUUGAAAACCAAAACUUAGAUUCAAUACGAGAGAUUGAUGAAACUGAUCAAAAAUUACAAAAAGAAGAGAUUCCUCAAGCCGAUGUUAGAACAACCACAUGGCUUUUCGAAACCACACCACUACAUGAAUUUAAUGAAUACAACUUAGAGAAACAAGAAGUCAUUGGGAAAAGUAUCCAAGAAACACUAAAAGAAUUGUAUAGCCAAAAAAUUGUUAAGUCCCAUGGAAUUAUUUUGGAAGCAGAUGAGAUUGGUGAUGUCCGUAUGGCCAAAUUUCAGCUUAUGAGUCAGGAAGCUCCAAAGAUUGAAAAACAGGAGAUUAUAAGGGGAGAUCUACAGAAUAUAAUGAUGAACUUGUUGUCUCAGCAGUCGUCUACUGAAAGGACAGUACUAUUAAAUGCGGAAGAAAAGGGCAACAUCAACUUGACAAAAUCCCAGUUAAUGAAUCAAUCAUCUGACAAACAAGCAAUGCAAGAGGAUGUUAUUGGAGGAGAUAUACAGGAAGCCAUAAAGAACCUUCUCAGAAGAGAGGAUUUUGCGAAACAAGGCAUACUUAUUCAAGAGAGCGAGAAAGGUGAUAUAAAAAUGACUAUCUACUCUCUAUUUAACAAAGAUGACUGCUAUGAUUUUCAGCGGGAUGAAGUGUUAGGUGGAGAUGUGAAACGUACAGUUUACAACUUAAAGUCUUCCAUCAUGUUGAAUGAGAAGAAGGAUAAGGUUAGAAUAGAAGAUUCUGAAAGAGGAAAUGUCCAGUUCUUUACUACUUGCAUUGAAUCUGGAGCAUUAGAUUACUUGAAAAGACUUCAUGGAGAAUCUGAGGAGAUAUUGACUGAGCAAACCAAUGAGGAAAUUCUUGGAGGUGAUGUUGAAGGCACAAAAUUAUUACUAAAACGGCAAAGAUCCCAAGUUGAACGAACUGUUGAUGAAACAGAUAUAAUCCCCGGAGAUGUAUAUAAUACAGUCAAAGUUUUUAUGACUGAACCGGAGAAUAAAUCAUAUGAUGUAAAUAAAGAAGAAAUUGUUAAAGGUAAUUUGCAAGUAACCUUAAGUUCUCUCAACCAAGCCAUAAAUCAGGCUGUAGCGGUAGAGAAAGAAGAGAUUAUAAAAGCUGAUCUCUCAGCAACACUGAAGUCUCUUACUGAAUCACAGUAUCAAGUCAAGGAUACAGAAAAGCCAGAUGUCAUCCCUGGAGAUGUUCAAGGAACCAUUGAUUCUUUAGAAAAAGCUGUAAAGCAGAAGAGCGAGUUUGUAAAGGAGGAAGUCAUUCAUGGCAAUGUGGAGGCAGCAUUAAAAUCUUUGAAAGAAGCACAACAGUCUGUAAAGCAAAUAGAAAAAGAAGACGUAAUAAGAGGAGAUAUAAAUGCCACCAAGAACAGUCUGUUGGACUCUUCUACAGAACGAAAUUAUGUACAACAUCAGGUCAGCAUUCAAGGUGAUGUAAAAAGUACCAUGAAUACAUUACUACAACCUUCUUCUCAGACAGUCCAACGGAGAGCUAGCAUUGAAGGAAAUGUGAAAGACACGAUCAAAACUUUCCUGCAAUCUAAUGAAGAAAGUCAUGAGGUAUCUCAUAGAGGAAGCAUGGCAGGUGGCAAAGUGGUCACUGUGGAUAUCGAUAACCAGCAAAUAUCAACACUUGAUCAGAAAUGUCUACAAAAUGUUAAUAAUGUACAAAACAAAGUUUCAGAGGCAACCAUGAAAACUGAUCACAAAAAUAUACAGAAUGCUUCGCAGCAGAAAGUUACCAGCAUGAGCAACACUGAGCAGAGAGAAUUGUAUAAUUCCCAAAAGACAUUAGCCAGCAAAGCCUUGAAGAAAGGUAACACUGGUUCUGAUACCCAAAUUGUAGAAUUUCCUGAAGAGCAAAGUUUCUCAGUUCAUGAACUAAGCAAGAGACAAAAGGAGAAGUCACAAGAAGACCUAAUGAAUCACAAUAAGUUGGUUUCCAAUACCAACACAUCAAAAACCACCAUUAUGAAUGUGACUGAUACUAGAAGCUUCCAAAAAUCAGACCUUGUCCAGAAACGAGUGACAAAUCAGCAAUCCAACCAGUCAAGAAGAAUGGCUUCUGGCAAUACAUUUAAUGCUCAACAAGCACAGGUUUUGGAUACUAUCAAUAACAAUGUAGGCAUUACGCAGAAAGAAGAACACUUAGAGGAUAAGAUGUCAUUGCAAAAAGAAACAGAAAAUAUGCAGAAUAAACAUGUGCUUACAAAGAAAGCAGUACAAGAGAUGAGCGAAAACAACAAAACUAUAUCUACUAAAGGUGGAUAUAAGCUUACAAAGAACAUCAAAACUGCAACUGAUUCUGAAGAAAAUUCUGUAGGGAGCUUCCCUCCUCCUCCACCACCACUACUGCAGACUCCUAUAGAAGAACCUCCCCUCGCACCAACACCUCCACCCCCACCACCACCACCACCUCCACCACCAUUGCCAACUCAGUUUUCUCUUAAGGCAUACACAGAGCCAGAAUAUUUUCCUUCCCCUCCCCCACCAGUAGUAGACAAUUAUAUUUUUCCACCUCCACUAGAAACACUAGCACCAAUGAUAAAACACAAAGAACAAAACAAAGAAUCAACUAUUAAAAAAACAGGUUUUCAAUCUCAUGAGCAGUCAUCCACAACCAGUAAAGAAUUAAAGACUCAAUUCAACAAAUUUUCAGCUCAACAAUCAAGUAAAGAAUCGUCACAAAAAUAUACCGAAAAGGAAAAAUCCAAGAAUAUUGAAAAUCAAGGACCUGAUGUAAUUCCAAAGUCUAAACAGGCCGCCUUUCAUACUAAAUUGGGAACUGUGUCAAGUGCAACGGUUAACGAAAACAAAAACCUCACCAAACAAUCGAAGGCUUCCGAAAGUCAACAAAUAGUUACCAACUUUCAGUCUCAGUUAAAUUUUUCUGAACAGUCAGAACAAGCAGUCAAUAAUAACAAUGUAAUUGUAAAUGCCAAACAGAAGAUGUUCUAUUCGCCAGCCAUAUCUCCAGUGUUAAAAACUCAGACUUUUGCAUCUGAUUCCAAAGCCUUUUCUCAAGAACAAGCAUCAUGUAAGGAAAAUGAGAAUGUUAGCCAUUUAACUGCUCAAGACUAUGACCAAAUAGUCUGUGAUCAAGAACUUGAAAGAAUUCACGAGGAGUCUUUAAGACCCAAGAAAAAAAUGAUUCCCCCAACUCCAACCCAGACAAAUGUGAGCCAAACAUCCAAACUCAACACAAAGAGUAAGGAGUUUAGCCAUGUUAAUGAAAGUAAGACAUCAAUCUCUAGAGCAAUGACUUCUGUACAGGCCGAAAAUGUAAGCACCACCCAGUUAAGUGAACAAGAACUAGAUCAACUGAACUGUGAUCUUGAAUUAGAAAAAAUCCAUGAAGAAACACUGAAACCCAAAAGAAAAUUGUUUACUCCAUGUAGGAUGUCUCCAGCCAUACAAGCUGAAACUCCAAAGCCGAAAACAUAUGUCAGAAAAUUUAAGACUCCUUUAAUGAUUGCAGAGGAAAAAUACCGUCAACAAAGAGAGGAAAUGGAAAAAAAUAAGAGCAAGUCGAUAUCCCAGGUUUAUAUGCCAACAUCUCCAGGAAUGCAAAGAAAACAGGUCUCGGCAGAAAGUGACUUUGUCCUGUUUUUGACAACAGAUCUGUCAAAAAUAGCAUCAACUUCAACAAAUGAGGUAGUAAAUACACAAUAUCAAGUAAAGGCAAACAAUGUGGUUUCUAGUGAGGCAACUAAAGAAUCAUAUAAUAAAAAUAAGGAAGAUGUGACACAAUUAUUAGCAUCAUCCUCAACAAUUUCUAACAUUGUUCCAAAAGAUCAAGUUCUCUUGAAAGAAACCCAGCUGAUUCAGCAACAAAGUGCUCAGGGUGUUAAAGAAUCUAGUGCAGAAGAGCAUUCAAGUAAAUAUGUUGACACAUUAGAAAAGUCAAAACUGAUGGAUUAUUCUGAAACAACAAGAGUGUCUUCUCCUAAAACCAGUAUUAAAUUUAACAGGGAAAGCCAAGAAACAGCAAAGUCUGGAAUGACUGUUCAAGCUGCAAACAAUGUAGAGGGUAUGAAACACAUAGAUCACAAAGCUGUUGUGAUGCGGCAAAUAGUACAUGGAGAAACUAAUACGACCAAAAGAGCUGAAAAUAGGUUAAGUCGUGAAUUAAAAAUCCAAUCAAUAUCUCAGAGUUCAGAACAAAAAUUGAUUGAGAAUACAAGUAAUACCCAAGCAUUGACUAAUGAGAAAGAAACUAAGAGAGUCCAAAACCAAUUUACGGGCUUGGGUGGUACAGUGACCAAGACAAUAGAGUCACCAAAAUUCCAAAGAAAGCUACAAAUAAAAAAAGAUCAAAUUCAAAAGGAAGUUGAAGUCAAGCCCAACAUCUCUGCUACUGUGAGACAGACUGAAAAACCCAAAAACUUUUAUAAACACCAGGUCCAUCAACAAAAAUCUCCUCUUCCACCACCUCCACCACCACACCCUAAACCCUCCCAAGUAGUAUUAGAACGUGUUGCCAAAAAUGUUGUUACAGAAGAAAAAGUCAAAGAAACAGCUUCAACAAAAGAAAGCUUGGAGAAGAAUUUUAAUGUUCAUUCAGACUCACAAAGCAAACAGGAGAUCAACUCAUCAGAUGUUAUUGAAUAUUUUAGGAAAUGUGAAGAGCUGCAGCAGACAGUGUCCAAUGCCAAAAAAUUUGAAUCCGAUCCCCACACAUUGAAUAUUAACACAUUUAGAAUGUUCCUAAGUGUUGUUCCCUCUUGGUUGAUCAGUCAGGAGAAAAAGCAGAACAUAGCAGAUCUGGCUGAAUCCAACAGAAUGGAUAUUACAGAACAAGUAUCUUCCAUUAAAAACCAUGCCAUGAACAUGAGGUCAACUUUCGAAGGAAAUAUCCAAGCAGCUAUGAGAUCCUCUUCAUUUCAGAAACGAAGGAAUGAAUCUAAUUCCGUGAGUGAAGGAUCACAAAAGCAGAUUACUGCGGUUGCAAAAAAAGUUGAGACAUCAAGUAGGCAAAGAAAGAUCAGCAACGACUUUGGAAGACUUCCAAGUGACAUGAAGCAGACGGAUAUCAGGGCUUGUUCUCCUCUCUUAAGGAUGAGAUCUCCAUCACCUACUUAUAUUACUAUAGAAUCUACUGUAAGACGUACUGACUCCCCACAAAAAGACAGAGUUCCUUCUUCGUCUCCACUCCCUAAAGAGCCAGUGACAAUACCACUGCCACCAAGACGUUCCACAACACCGAAAUCCCCAUCCCCUCAAAAAAGUCGUUCUGAGCAACUAGCAAAACUUAAGGACACCACUGUAAAACUCUCUCAAGGAACAACACAGCCUCGAGCAAUCACCCCUAUUCCGAUAGUAGUUGAGAAAAAAUGUGAAGUAAUCCAUUCUCCUGCUACUCUGCGAAGGCAGCUUAAAAUAGAAAGUCAUAAAAGAGAGUCUUUAAGUACCACCCCUGUACCGACAGAAGUCACUGUCAGCACUGUGGAGGACAGAACAGAAAUUUAUGAGGAAUCUAGACUGUCUGAAAAACAACAAACACGCUCUGAAAAAGAUCCAACACACAUUCCAAAGUGGCUGGGCCCAGAUAUGGAAACUAUGGAUGUAAUAUCACAGAAAAUCAAGCUCCCUACAGAUCAUGUAUUUGAAACAAAAAUCCAAAAUGUUUACAUAAGAGAUGGAGAGAACAUCCAUAGGAAGACUACCUUAGGAGGUGAGAGGGAAGAACACAUGACGGCCUCAAAGGAAAGUGCAAGUUCUCAUUUCAGGACACCAAGUAGUACAUUUCAAAGUGAACAGAAGAAAGUGGUAGCCAGUGAAGGCCAAAGGGCGUCCAAUGAGAUGCCUUCACAAGGGAAAGCUAGAACUGUUCCUAUACGUCAGAUUAAAGAUCACAGGGAGAACUCUUCCAAGCAAAUUUUUGUGAACCGACAUGAAGAGAGUCAAGAACAUCUAUUCAAGCCCAUGUUAUAUCCUGAAACCAUAUUACAAGCUUCUGGUGUUGAGAAGAUGGACAGCAAAGUGACCAGGUCAAGAACAUCACAAAAUGCUGAAGGCAUGAAGGCCGGAUUUGAAUUCAAGCAUGCACCUCCAACCUAUGAAGAUGUCAUAUCAGGUCACAUGCUCGAUAUUUCGGCCACUGAAUCCCCAGACGAAAUACUGAAGAAUUUUCAAAAGACCUGGGAGGAAAGUGAAAAAGUAUUUAAGAGUCUUGGCUAUACUGUCUCAGACACAUCCGAGGUGAUAAGCAGCUACCACCAGGAAGAAUUCAUAACUGAAAAUGCUUCCACAGGAAAAGGAAAUGUGCACCGCUUGUCAAAAGAAGGUUUACCCAAUGGAAUGCCUGGUGGCAGACAAGCAGACUUUUCAUAAGAACUGCUUUCGUUGCAACCACUGCAGCGCUAAAUUAAGUUUAGGAAAUUAUGCAUCUCUCCAUGGACAUACUUACUGCAAGCCCCACUUUAAACAACUCUUCAAAUCAAAAGGAAAUUAUGAUGAAGGUUUUGGAUACAAACCCCACAAAGAGCGCUGGAAUCCGAAAGAAGA